CAAAAAUAGCGUGAUCGAGAGAAAGAGAGAGAAAGAAGAAGUAGCUAAAGAUGGCCAGCAGCCACGUUGAAGUCCCCGGCGAGGCAACGGAAACCGGCACCGCCGUAGUAGAGACCGCCACAGGCAUUAUCCAGAGCUUUGCCCCCAUCAACCAAAUACAUCAACAUCUCUGCGCGUUCCAUUUCUACGCGGAUGACAUGACGAGACAAGUAGAAGCUCAUCACUACUGUGCUCACCUGAACGAAGAAGUGAGGCAGUGUUUGAUCUUCGAUAGUAGCAAAGCCGACGCGAAACUCAUCGGAGUUGAGUACAUUAUAAGUCCAAUGCUGUUCUUGGCGCUGCCGGAGGAGGAGAAGCCAUUGUGGCACUCACAUGAGUACGAAGUGAAGAGUGGGGUGCUCUUCAUGCCUGACUUGCCACUCUCCGUCCAACGCAUGGAUUUGGAGAAGGUGGUUAAGACCUACGGCAAGACCUUCCAUUUUUGGCAGGUUGACCGUGGGGAUGCACUGCCUUUGGGCCUGCCUUCUAUUAUGAUGGCUCUCACUAGAGAUGGUCAGCUCUAUGACCACCUUGCCAAAGAUGUGGAGAAUAGGUUUGAUAUUUCUUUUGAGAAAGAGAGGGAGAACAGAGCCUACAUGUCUGGACCUGAGCAUGGGAUUCAUCCUUUAGCCAAUGGAGCUGGCAAGGGCCUUAAGCUGGAGCUCAGAGAUAUUGACUUGCCACAGUCUAAUUCAUUUCCCAGGAUCUUUGUUUGAGAAUUUUGUUUUGAGAAUUAAAGUACUAUAAAUAAAUAUAAAUAUGUUAUGUGUGUCCUUUUGUACAUGUUUG